AUGAGGCUCACGGCGGAGCUCAUCAGGGACUCGCUUUCCUACCUGAACCCGCUCAAGGAGCGUGAGCUAGAUCUCCGAGACAACGACAUCCAGGUGCUGGGCAACUUCCCGCUGUCGCCGCGCAUCUCUACGCUGCUGCUGGCGCGCAACCGCGUGUCGAGCAUACAGCCGACGCUGCCCAACGCGAUCCCGAACCUGCAGCAGCUGGUGCUCGCGGCGAACAACCUGGCGGAGCUUGCGGACCUGGACGCGCUGGCCGGCUUCAAGCGGCUGACGCACCUGGUGCUGGCGGACAACCCGGUCACGAAGAGGGAGAACUACCGGUACUGGGUCGUGUGGCGGUGUCCGACGGUGCGGUUCCUGGACUACGGCAAGGUCAAGGAGGCGGAGAGGGAGAAGGCGAGGGAGCUGUUUGGCACGGCAGAGGAGCCUUCUGCUUUGGCUUCCAAGAUCAUGGGCAUCAAGUCCAAGACGCUCGAGGUUUCCGCGGCGAACGGCGCUGCGGCCCCGUCGAAGCUCUCAAGGAUAAAGCUCACGGACAAGGAGAAGGAGCGGCUGAAGGAGAUGAUCAAGAAGGCGGACAGUUUGCAGGAGAUUAUCCGUCUGGAGAAGAUGUUGACGGAGGGGACCAUCCCUGCGGGAGUACACCUCGACGGAGAUGCUACCAUGGAGGGUUGA